CGAUUAGCGACCGAUUGAGGCAACAGUGCGCCAAAGAGAUGGCGAAUAGGGAACGGGAGGUCCGGGAGCUUCGGGAGGAGUUGGCCACCAAUGUGUCUAACUAUGAGCAACAGCUGAGCCUAAUGUCUGAACACUUGGCGAAUAUGAACGACAAGCUGACGGCGCAGACCGACGAAAUCGAUUCACUCAAACACCACAACCACUACCAGCGCGCCGACAGCACCGGAAAGGGCAAAAAAGUGAAAAACAAGUGAAUAGGAGGGGCGAGAGUGUCAUCACAAACACGUCGUUGACUACCAUUCCCGGCGCGCGGGCGCCGACCGUUAAACCCAUAUUUGUGUUGUUUUUAUCAAAUGUUUUUCUAACGUUUUAUUCAAUAAAUAAAUACAAAACCAAUCAACAAA